AUGGCCGUGCCUAAGUUUGACAACAGUACAAAUAUCUUAUCUAAUAUUGCUGAAGUUUACGGCCUUGAUCAGUUAAUAACCGAAUAUACUAGAAUUACCGACAAAUCAUCUACUCUAAUUAAUCUAAUUUUUACAAAUACUCCAGAUAGGGUCGUCUGUUCAGGGGUCUCACAUAUAGGCAUCAGCGACCACAGUUUAGUUUACGCCUUUCGUAAAGUUUCUAUAGAAUCGACAACGUAUAAGCAUGCUACCCUGAGAUAUAGGAAAUUUAAGAAUUUUAACUCUGAUCACUUUCGCAACGAUAUAUGUCAACAGGAUUGGAGUAACAUCGAAAAUUAUUCUGAUCCUAAUUUAAUGUGGGCUGCAUGGAAACAACUAUUCCUGGAAUGCGUAAACAAGCAUGCCCCACUUCAUGUAAAACGGGCUCGCGCCUCAAAGUCACCUUGGAUCACACCUUACUUAAAGAAACGAAUGCAUGACAGAGAUAUUCUUAAAUUGAAAGCAUCGCGUUCUAAGGAUGCUAAUGACUGGCUAUAA